GCGCCGUAGCAGAGCAGUACUCAAACUCAGCUAAAGUCGCGUGCAUUGCGAACGGAACGCAACCGAAGCUGUGCGUGCCAAGGAACAAAUUGAGCUGUAGUGAAAAAAUUACCAGGCGGAAAAUUUUACUAUUUUUCGAGUGAUAAAUAAGAGGAUCUCGCUAACGAAGAUAUUCCCGAAAAUUGCCAAUUACGCUGUCUAAUUUGCCCAGGCAUUGAGAAUAUGUCCAGCAGACCCCCUCCGUCUGUACCCCGGUCGAAGGCAAGUGCGGCGUAAGUGAAGCCGAAGGACACUGCAAAAGCCCCGCCAACGAGAUGCCGCCGCUGUGCAUGCGACAUACCGUCAGCACCAGCAUCAACAGCAGCAUCCUUGAAAGCUUUGCGCCCUCUGCCAGAAGGAAGACUACCACAGGCGCUGCCAGUCAUCGCAACUGAGGGGCAGGAGGUAGUUGCACUUGCAGUCGCAGUCGCAGCAUGGAAUGCAUCAAAGGUGGCAGAAGUAUAAAUAACACAAGGACAUGGACGGCGCAACGAACGCGACGAGGACAAAGGCCCACGGCAACGGUGAAAGCACCACCAGCAUCCAUUGCGAGCUGUGACCGUGCAGCCACUAGGCCACUAGGUUCCCAUUGCGGCUAAAUGACGAGAUUCGGAUUCAUAGUCGAGAGACAUUAUUUGUAAUGCAAUCAGGACAAGGAGGAAAGUGCUAAGUGAAUUGUGCCGUGCCCAAAAACUUAAGUGCCAGUGCCGCAAAGGCGGCAGCGACAAACCGUUACGUGGCAGAGAGCGCGAGCGGCAGGAGAAGAGAGGAGAGAGCCAAGUGAGAGUGCAAGAGAGGUGUCAGGUCGUGUUGUUGGCGCUUAACCCAAUUUAAAAAGUUUGUCCUUUGAACGUACAAGCGAGCCCCUGACAGUACCAGCGGACAGUGCGAGUGGCACAUAUGGAAGGCAGCGGCCGGACAAGUUGCAGGUGCAGCCAGAACUCCAGCAGCAGCAGUAAGCAGCUAUACCGCAAGCGGAGGCGCCGCCAGUGAAUGCCACAUUGCCAAUACAAAUAACCCUCGCCUAAAUGAAGAAUGAAGAAACAAAAUGUGCGCACGAUAUCCUUGAUCGUGUGUACAUUUACGUAUCUGCUAGUCGGCGCCGCUGUCUUUGACGCACUUGAAUCGGAAACGGAGAAGCGUCGCUGGGAGGCGCUGCAAGAUGCCGAGGACAUGAUAAUACGCAAGUACAGCAUUUCGCCGGAAGACUUUAAAGUCAUGGAGACGGUGGUGCUCAAAUCGGAAUCGCACAAGGCCGGCCAGCAAUGGAAGUUCACCGGCGCCUUCUAUUAUGCAACCACAGUGCUAACUACCAUAGGCUAUGGACAUUCAACACCCAGCACUGUGGGCGGGAAGCUCUUCACCAUGUGCUAUGCCAUUGUGGGUAUUCCCCUGGGUCUCGUUAUGUUCCAGAGCAUCGGAGAAAGAGUGAAUAGACUGAGCAGCUAUGUUAUCCAAGCAGUUCGCACAUCGCUGCGUUGCAAACGAACUGUCGCCUCGGAGGUGGACCUCAUAUGCGUUGUGACGACGCUUAGUUCGCUGACGAUAGCGGGCGGUGCUGCAGCCUUUUCAAAAUUUGAGGGCUGGAGCUAUUUUGAUUCAGUAUAUUACUGUUUUAUUACUUUAACUACAAUAGGCUUUGGCGAUAUGGUAGCCCUACAGAGGGACAACGCACUGAAUAGAAAGCCGGAGUACGUGAUGUUUGCACUGAUAUUUAUACUAUUUGGGCUGGCAAUCGUGGCCGCAUCGCUGAACUUGUUAGUGCUUAGGUUUGUUACAAUGAACACCGAGGAUGAGCGACGUGACGAGGCGCAGGCCAUGCAGGCACUGCAAGUGGCUGUCAAGCUGGAGGGCGAUGUGAUAACAUCCAACGGGUCCAUACUCAGCGGCUACGAGGGACACGACGGCCAAUCGCUGAACGGAUCAAGUGCGUCAUCCAUGUGCUCGUGCCAUUGUGUGUGUCUUAAUAGAAACCGACAUAAAAAGAGUAACCACUUAGGCAGAAACAAUGAUACAGAAAAUCAGUACAGGCUUCAGCGAUCGCCCACACACAUCAGGCAUCUGCUGCCCGAGGUUGUUCCCAUGCAGGAUUUAAACUACGACUACGAUACACAAAGUGUGCACUCAAUGCCGGAUCGCGGUAUCAUGGAUAGCAACUACAUGGGCGUCGAUAUGGUGGACACUGCGAGCAGUGGUUCCCCCUUGCGGCCACAGCAGUUGCUCAAGCGCAAUGUCUCACUUCUAUCUUUUCGCAUCUAGGAGGAGUGGAGGGUGAUCCAGUGGCAGCCAAGACAGGAGAGGAGCAAUCGCAGAGUGAGGAUUAACAGGGGGAGCAGAAAGCAGGAACAACGAAGUGGCGGCCCCACCCCUUGGACCUGCCCUCGCCAAAACAAAAAACGACUUACAACUUGAAAGUGAUAAAAAGGCUCUAAUAGUACUUAAAACUUAUUUAGAUUCGAAACCGAAUGUAGGACGAGACAUGGAGUUGGGAGGAUUAUCUAUUGAAAAUGCGCAAUUUAUGUGCGCACCGCGAGAUGCUAUUUAUGUGCAUUUACAAUGUAAAUUAGUGCAUAAAUCUAUAAACAAAACUUGCAGUAGGCAUGCCUAGCGACUAAACCUAAAUGUUUACAUACAUUUACAAUACUUACAGAUCUAGAGCACUAUAAAAUUGAAUGUAAAACCACUGCCAUUUCCGAGCGAUAGGAGAUAGAAGAUGAAAGCUAUGCAAAACGAUUGCGAUGUGUCUCGUCUGUUUAUAAAGCGGUGCCCACAGUGGUCGUCUUUCUUUCGUACACACAUUGUUAUGCAUAUUAAGUGCUGCCUUCCACAGAAACAUCUGCGGGUUUCACUUUGCUGCGAGCCUUCGAAAACCGAAUCUACUCGCAUAGUUCGACUACCAUCAAAAAGGGCAUAGAAAUUAUCAAAUUAAAAUUCUGUAAAUACUUGAUAACGGAUCAAAGGUAGAUAAUAUUUAAUAAUCCAUUUUAUUCCAACUUAUAUUGAUUACUAAUUAUGUACUGUUUGACUCCAAACUUGAUAUUAGUUUACGAUUAGUGUGUACGCAUAUAAUAGCUAGUAGCCGACAAAAUGCAAAUGCAAACUCGAUCUUAUCCAAUCCAACCAAGUGUCAAAUACUUAUGUAGCUUUUCAGCCACUCACAAAACAUUUUUGUAGGCAGCUCCAGUGCUCAAGUGUCUCCACGAUGUGCCAAAGAACCCACUCGUACACACGUUGUACGUGAGAUGCAGACCGAAUCCACUAUGUGGGUUCAUAAAGUCUCAGACCAGAACCUCCCCAGUCGCAUUUAUGCAGUGUGCAUUUAGUUUUAGUUGUAGAUAAUGGCGAAAUGAAUUUCCAAAUCAUAAAACAAAUAAUUUAGGCAUUUGUUAAUUUGUUCACAGCAUUUUGUAUUUAAAAUACAGUUCACGAGAUCUGUUCUAGUUAGUUAGUCGAUGCAUUUUUCAAAAAGCAAUUUUUUUCCAUUGCUCACUCGAGACGUCAAACGCUUCAAAAUCUUUUUUGUCCUUAUGUGCUUUGUAUAUGUAUAUAUGAAUGGUGUUUAUGUAUA